AGUGUGAAGUACAAAGAAACUGAAAUAUGUGCUUUAAAGGGGUCCACAGUGUUUAUCAAUGGCACUUACACAAAGCCAGCAAAGUUUAAUGUGAAAGAGGAAUUUUGGGUCACAGAGAAUUUCAAUGGACAUGAGGACAAGCCUGUAUAUUGCAGACCCACUAAUGCCUCAGGCAGAGUCCAGUGUUAUGUAGAUAAACAGCAACACUUCUCCCUCAAACUGAUUAAUGUAACGAAGGAGGAUGAACAUGACUAUCGCUUCAGAAUCAAAACAAAUGUAGCCAAUGAAAAAUGGCUGGGAGAUCCUGUUAAGACCAGUGUCACAGAGCUCCUUGUGAACACUCUUCUUGAAGUAAUAGAGAGAGAAGCAGCAGUUCUGACGUGUGCAACCAGCUGCAGUCUGACUGACAGUCCAACAUUCAUCUGGUACAAAAAUGGACGUCCUUUAUCGUCCAAUACAAACCCACUCCACCUGCGACCAGUCAGCAGUGAGGAUGCAGGCAGUUAUAUGUGUGCUGUAAGAGGAUAUGAACAUCUCCCCUCUCCUGCUCAAACUCUCACUGUCAGAUAUCCUCCAAAGAAUGUAUCAGUGUCCAUCAGUCCCUCUGGUGAAAUAGUGGAGAACAGUUCUGUGACUCUUAGCUGCAGCAGUGAUGCCAACCCACCUGUGCAGAACUACACCUGGUUUAAAGAAGGAGUAACCUCACCUGUAGGAUCUGGAGAGACUUACAACAUCACCAUCAGCUCCAAUAACAGUGGAGAAUACACAUGCCAAUCCAGUAAUGACCAUAGACAUGGGUCUCAUUCAGUAACACUAAAUGUUUUGUAUCCUCCACAGAAUGUGUCAGUGUCCAUCAGUCCCUCUGGUGAAAUAGUGGAGGGCAGUUCAGUGACUCUGACCUGCAGCAGUGAUGCCAACCCACCUGUGCAGAACUACAACUGGUUCAAAGAGAAAACAUUAUUAGGAAAAGAAAGCACACACAUUAUUCCUAAUAUCAGCUCUGAGGACAGUGGAGAAUACAAGUGCAAGUCCAGUAAUGAACAUGGAUCAAAAUACUCAUCUCUAAUACUGAAUGUUAUGUAUCCUCCAAAGAAUGUAUCAGUGUCCAUCAGUCCCUCUGGUGAAAUAGUGGAGGGCAGUUCAGUGACUCUGACCUGCAGCAGUGAUGCCAACCCACCUGUGCAGAACUACAACUGGUUCAAAGAGAAAACAUUAUUAGGAAAAGAAAGCACACACAUUAUUCCUAAUAUCAGCUCUGAGGACAGUGGAGAAUACAAGUGCAAGUCCAGUAAUGAACAUGGAUCAAAAUACUCAUCUCUAAUACUGAAUGUUAUGUAUCCUCCAAAGAAUGUAUCAGUGUCCAUCAGUCCCUCUGGUGAAAUAGUGGAGGGCAGUUCAGUGACUCUGACCUGCAGCAGUGAUGCCAACCCACCUGUACAAAACUACACCUGGUUCAAGGAGAAAAAAUUAUUAGGAAAAGAAAGCACACACAUUAUUCCUAAUAUCAGCUCUGAGGACAGUGGGGAAUACAAGUGCAAGUCCAGUAAUGAACAUGGAUCAAAAUACUCAUCUGUAAUACUGAAUGUUAUGUAUCCUCCAAAGAAUGUAUCAGUGUCCAUCACUCCCUCUGGUGAAAUACUGGAGGGAAGUUCAGUGACUCUGACCUGCAGCAGUGAUGCCAACCCACCUGUGCAGAACUAUAACUGGUUUAAGGAGAAAAUAUUAUUAGGAAAAGAAAGCACACACAUUAUUCCUAAUAUCAGCUUUCAGGACAGUGGAGAAUACAAGUGCAAGUCCAGUAAUGAACAUGGAUCAAAAUACUCAUCUGUAAUACUGAAUGUUAUGUAUCCUCCAAAGAAUGUAUCAGUGUCCAUCAGUCCCUCUGGUGAAAUAGUGGAGGACAGUUCAGUGACUCUGACCUGCAGCAGUGAUGCCAACCCACCUGUGCAGAACUAUAACUGGUUUAAAGAAGGAGGAACCUCACCUGUAGGAUCUGGACAGACUUACAACAUCACCAUCAGCUCUAAUAGCAGCGGCUGGUACUACCGUGUAGCUCAGAAUGAACAUGGGAUGCUGAAAUCAGCUUCAAUAGAUGUCACUUUAAAGGGUCACUUCUACAUUUUGCCUGUAACUGUUGGAGUGGGCCUCUGUGGGAUUGUAAUCCAUGGUGAAUCUUAUUAUGCUGAAGUUCAGAGUGAAGGGCCUCCUAUGGUGCAAAGGGAACAUCGUGUGUGCCUUGUCCCUGGAAAUAGCUGUAAAUGUGACACAGCACCAGUACUAUGUGGUGUGCCUCUCCCUGUCCAGCAGAUGGAAAAACACCCCAAUGUACCUGUUGUUAAAUGGGUCAUAUGCGCAUAUGGAGUCACCCUUCUGCUAGAACUCCAUCCCCCAUUCUGCUGUUCCUGGGAAAGUCACACUGUCACCACACCAUCAGUGUCAUUUCACUUAACAACAUGA